AUGCGAUAUUUCGAUGAAGCGACGACUGAAAUUGCAGUGAUUUUAUUGAUUAUUGGAGCGGGUUUGGUGUGUUUGGUGGUUUGUAUGCUUUAUUUGCUGAAGUGUCGAAGAGGCAAAAAGUGGGUUUUUUUUCUUUGGGCCGGAAGUUCACCUUGAAAGUUUGAAAAUUAAAGAGUUAAAGCUUCAUCUUGGAUAAUUUUAAAAAUUAUAUUGAUUAUUUGCUGAAAAUUAUCUAGGUUGAAAAUUUAAGCUCUGAAACAAUGACUUUUCCUUGUGAACCACUAACAAAAUGAGAAAUACAAAAAAAUGUAUUCCGUUUUUCCUCAAAAUAAUUGAAACCCAUUUUCAGAGGCUCCUCGAGUCGCCCGCCAAUUCUUUCUGUUAUAACACCAAUCGAUGGACCUGAAUGUCAUAAUGAUGCAUUUGAAUGUAUUGAUGAAACUAGUGCUAAGUUGGUUUUUCUUUUCUAAAAUUCUGAGAUCAAAUUUCUAAUUAAAUACUUAUUUUUCAGAAGAAUUGAAGAACGUCGUCGAGCCAGACAACAAAGUAUGCAAAUGCAAAAUUCACCGAAAGCUGAUUUGACGCUGAGAAAGUGGGUAUUUUUGAAAUAUGUGUUGAAAAAAAUGAUAUUCGUGUUGUUUUCCAGAAUCGAUCCCGAAAUCGGCAAAGCGUUAGCUGUUGAACAAUUAAUGCGAAACAGUUUGGUAUUCGACACAAUUCCACGUCCACCAAAAAGUCGAGUUGAAAUUGUUGCCGCAAAACGAGAUUAUUUGUAA